CUCAUGUAUCAGUGCAAGUCAAGGCAAAUGCAGAAACGACAGCCUGGAGGUUAAUAAGAAGCUCUCUACUCUCUCUGGUAGUUGGAGACCACUCAAUAGAAAACAUCAGAAUCGGAAAGUUCUUAUGCGCACUGUAAAUACCACAUUUAAAUAUUGUAAUUAUUUGGCGCACUGCUCUGCUCUUCAUACAUUGAUUAACAUUUACAGUCACUACCAGCGUGCGCACCUCUUUGGUAGGUGGAGAGGAAAUAAUAAUCACUCUCCACGAACCCCAAAGCAAAGGAGUUGGGAGAAAUUUUGAGUGAGUGGGAAAGCGGUGCUUGCUCGUUGGACUACAUGCAAUGAAGAAAUUCUAAGGUGGCAGUCUUUGUUCAUUUACGCUUCCUUCGGCUGUAUGUGACCAAGGACUAUCUCAUGAACCGGUAUCCUCUUGCGUGAAAUUCUGUUUUCACUUAGAACUCUGCUUCCUGGACAAAUGCAUACAAAUGCAUUUAGGAGCCCAACGGACAAGAAGGAGUGGACACGUUUCUCCCACAGCAAUAACGGGAACCCUCCUCCUGCUUCUGUCAAUAUGCACAUUGUCUGCCGGAGAAGACUACCGAGCACAAGGUGUCGAUAUCCUCCAUCAGCUGGGCCUCACCGGCAGCAGAGAGACGCUCUCCUCUGGGAUCGGCUCGCCCUCUCCUCCAUCCUCACCCCCAAGAGCCGGGGUCCUACUCCGCCUGGAUGCCCACAUUGAAGCCCCCACGGGGAGUCUGUUCCCGCCGGAGCUCGGUGAGGAGUUUUCUGUUGUGGUGAGCCUAAGCUCCUGGCGAGCGAACAAUGCUUUCCUUUUCAGCGUGCGUGACAGCAGGAACAAGCUGCAGUUUGGUAUCCAGCUGCUGCCCGGGAAGGUGGUCGUGUACACUGCCGAGAAGACCUCCGUCUACUUCAGCUAUGACGUGAACAACGGGCGCCAGCACUCUUUCGCUGUGGGCGUGAGGCCACGCUCUGUGUCGUUCCAUGCGGACUGCGGGGCGGUGCAGCAGAGAGAGCAGACGCUGACCCGGUCACAGACCCUGGGGUCAGGAUCCGGAGGCCUGCUCACCUUAGGAAGGAUGAACUCCAAAGCAGCCCAAUUCCAGGGCCUCAUAUGUCAGCUGGAUAUCUACCCCCUGGCCCAGGCUGCUGCGCGCUACUGCGACUACCUUAAAAGACAAUGCCGGCUGGCCGACACUUUCCGAUGGCCCCCCAGCUCAGAUAUGGAGGUUUCCAGCUCCCUGGCUUUCUCUCCUAUUCCUCUUUCUCUGGAGUCCCAGAUGGUGGUGCCCCCAUUGUUGACUGUAGACUCCCACACCCAGCAGACGUCCACCUCGGCCGGAUCAGCACCCAUCCCCUCUCUGGAGAGGUCCGGAACAAUGUAUUUAAGCCCCUCAGAGCAGCCACACCUGGGGGUCAGGAUCCAGACCCAGAGCUCCCUGCUAGAGCACCUCAACUCCAUCCAUACCCCCGUCACUGCUGUCCACAACAGCCUGUCCUCAGGCACCCUCAGUGGGCUGGAGGCCCUGGGAAUCACCCGCAGAAGUACCACCCCCAGUUACAGAUCCAGCCCAACAAGGGGUUCAACCAGGCACUCUCCCCAGUCUGAGAAUGACAUGGAGGAGAGGAGCCCCAGGAGGCCCCAACGGGUCACCAUAGACACCCCAGGUAUAAACUCUCCUGUCAAGCAGACUCACCGGAAGGAUGGCUUGAGGAACAGCUCCAGCUCUAGGCCUAGGGACUCUAACCCCCAGCUCCAGCCCAUUGACCACCUCCUGGACACCCAGUUCAGACCCAAUGGCACCACCCUGUACCGGGAGAACCAGGUGGAAACCUCAGAGGAGCAUGGCCAGGAAGAGGCCUACGAUGUGGACAUGGGAGGCUACGACUAUGGUUACGAGGAUCCAGACUACUUCUACGGAGACUAUGACGAAGCUUUCCCCGGACCCAAAGGAGAACCAGGUCCUCCGGGUCCUCCUGGUCCCCCUGGUCUACCUGGUCCUGCUGGGAAGAGAGGAGCUCGGGGUCCUACUGGUCCACUUGGAAACCCCGGCCUGCCUGGUCUUCCUGGUCCCAAGGGCUCUAAGGGCGAUCCAGGACUGUCCCCAGGUCAGGCCCCGCCAGGAGACAAGGGUGACAGAGGUCCACAAGGUCUUCCAGGUCCAGAAGGGUUUGCGGGUCCAACGGGUUCUAAGGGCUAUCCAGGGCCACAAGGACAGCCUGGAGAACAGGGCAUACCGGGACUUCCAGGAGUGACUGGGGAUGCAGGUUACCCUGGCAGGCAGGGUUUAGCUGGGCCAGAAGGUAACCCAGGUCCUAAAGGUGUACGUGGUUUCAUUGGGCCUCCUGGUAUAGCUGGUUCAGCCGGGCAGGAAGGGGAGAGAGUAAGUGUCACCUUGAUUUAUGCAGGUAUUCCCUAG